AGGGUCUUCAAGAAAGUGAAAAGAGAGGAAGCUUUAUUGGUGAAGAAGCAAGGGGAGAGGGCAGGUGGAGUGGGAAUCGGUGUUUGGGUGAAAGGGAAAUAGAGGGAUAGAGAGAAACAGAUUUGAAAUUUAAUUGGAAUAAUGGGGAGAGGUAGGGUUGAGUUGAAGAGGAUUGAGAACAAGAUCAACAGGCAAGUGACCUUUGCAAAGAGAAGGAAUGGACUAUUGAAGAAAGCCUAUGAGCUUUCUGUUCUUUGUGAUGCAGAGGUUGCUCUCAUCAUCUUCUCCAAUAGAGGAAAGCUGUACGAGUUUUGCAGUAGUUCAAGCAUGCUCAAAACCCUUGAGAGGUACCAGAAGUCCAACUAUGGAGCACCUGAGACAAAUGUUUCUGCUAGGGAGGCCUUGGAGCUAAGUAGCCAGCAGGAAUAUCUGAAGCUUAAAGCACGCUAUGAAGCCCUACAGAGAACCCAAAGGAAUCUUCUGGGAGAAGAUCUCGGUCCUCUAAACAGCAAAGAGCUUGAGUCGCUUGAAAGGCAGCUGGAUAUGUCACUGAAGCAAAUCAGAUCAACCCGGACUCAAUACAUGCUGGAUCAACUCACUGAUCUACAGCGUAAGGAACACCUGCUUAGUGAAGCAAAUAAUAGCUUGAAACAAAGGUUGAUGGAAGGAUACCAUGUACAUUCACUUCAAAUGAAUCCAAGUGCAGAAGAUGUGGUCUAUGGAAGACAGCAAGCUCAACCUCAGGGGGAUGGCUUCUUUCACCCCCUGGACUGUGAACCCACCCUUCAAAUUGGAUAUCCAACAGACCCAAUAACAACAGUAGUCACUGCUGGACCAAGUGUGAGUAAUUACAUGGCAGGAUGGCUACCAUGAUCAUUAUAAAGAGAUUAUAAAUCAAGAGAGCAUGGUCUCAGCCAAUGAUAUAUAUUGGUGGUAUUUCACUCCUUUUUUCCAUAAAACAAAAGUGAGCAGAUCUGUCUCUUUCUAUAAAUCUCCUUUGUUGUAUGUUUACUUUGAUUGAAACAACAAAACAGUAACUCUCUCUCUCUCUCUAUCUCUAUCUGCAUCUAAGUAGGAGGAACACACUGUUUGUAGUAGUAAUCUAAAAAUAUGUGUAUGGGAAUGCUCAUGCUUACUGCUAGCACUGAGCUUCUCAUGUCAGCAUUUUCAACCUUUGCUUUGGGAGAAAGAAGAACAAUAAGUGAUCAUGUUGAUGUUGGAUGCUGCCUUAUAAUUAAUCUUUUCUGUGUGCUUCUUUA